AUGUCGACAUCCUCUAGCAAGACCUCAAUAAACAUAAACCUCAACCACCUCGAGGGUAACUGCCUACGUGACCCGAAACUCCAAGACCCCGCUGAAGCCAUCAUCACCGCUCGCUUCAACCACGGUUUCGACCCAGAUUUACCCAUCUUACCCCUAUGCAUGCACUCGAAAGACAGGGAUGUGAACAAGACGCCAACGGAGCUCAGUAGAGAUGACACCAACAAGGGUUCCAGCUUUCAUUCCGAGGGGCGAGAAUGGAAUAAAGAUGGGGAGGUUAGUUGGGCGGUACUCUCCGGCUGGUACCCAGCGUGCAAAAAAGAGUACGAGAAAGAUUUUCACGAAGGUUAUCCGCGCAAAUUUUACAUCACGGCUAUGCUGCGUCGACACUGGAUAAUGGUAGGGGAAGAGAACAAAACGCCACGGGGAAGAGAGGAAGCAAUGGAAGUAAUCAGACAAGCCGGAUCGAGAUUUGACAGCGAAUACUGCGAUGAGGUUCAAUACUGCGAUGAGGUUCGAAUUUAUAAUAUUGCCCAAAACGAGAGUUUACACAUGAACAAAUUGGAGAGAGCGCUAGGCGAACACAUAACGGCGAACAAUGAGACCAUGGUGAGAACACAGGGUAGACUUGGAGCAUUUAUAUUGGAACAACAAUCGAAGAUCGAUUCUGACCAAGCUUACGAGUCGGCCUACGCCUCGAGCAGAGAUCCAGAAAACCGCCUUAUGUACGGCCCAGCUAACUACCCGGCUUGCAACCCUCCUUCAACGCCAACCUCCGUAUCCGCAGACAAAUGCCCCUCAACGUACCCCGGAGAACGGCAUUCACAACCUAGCAGUCUCCAUGGAAGUCAAAGUUCUCACAAAUCCGCGCACGGAGAGUCCGGAGAAGCUCGCAGCAGUAAGAGUGGAGAAGCUCACAAUAAACCCAUGCGUGCUCAAAGCGCAUCCGAAAUAUCUCGUAGACACAGCAGUGAAAGAGCUCGUCCUCAAGUCGAACCUGACAUCGAGAAUUUCAGAGCACCUUGCACCAAGGGUAGUACACGAUCUUUUAGUCCAUCCAACUUUUAA